GACCAGAAGAAGCACCUUAUGCCUUCCUGCGUGUUCGAUCAGGUGAAUUUUGGACGAGGAUAGCCCUGUUUACAGACUUGGGUCUCGCAGAGUCCUUCAUGAGUAGCAUCGUCGAUUGUGAUGAUGUAUCGAAACUAGUCAAGUUAUUGAUUCUCAAUCGCGAUUAUCUAUUACGAUCGUUUAGUGGCUUUACGUCCUCUUUACUCGCACGAGGACGAUUCCUCACGUCUUACAAAUUCAUCGGGAACUUGGCCAACUCUAAGGCCAAUAUAUGCGCUCAUUAUGAUCUCGAAGAUGAGCUGUUCCCCGCUUUUCUAAGCCCAGACAUGAGCUACUCUGCGGCCAUCUUCCUCGAAGUAGACGCGGAUCUCAUUGGGAUUCCUGAGGAUACACUAGAAGAUGGCCAGAUGCGGAAAAUGAGGAUGAUACUGCGAAAAGCUGACAUUCGACCGGGAGACCGCGUACUUGAGAUUGGAACGGGCUGGGGAUCGCUAGCUAUCCUAGCAGCCACCACUGUCCCAGGGUGUACCAUUGACACCGUAACCCUUUCUUCCACCCACGCCGCAUUUGUAAGGAACCGUAUCAACGAAGCCGGGCUGUCCGAUUCCAUCGUAGUACACGAAAUGGACUUUCGCGAAUGCUACCUCAAACAGGAAUGGGCUGGAGCCUUUGAUCGUUUCAUUAGCAUAGAGAUGAUCGAGCAUGUGGGUAAGGACUUUCUGGCUGAGUACUGGAAGGUAGUCGAUUGGGCGAUGAAACCAGAUAGUGGAGCGGGGACAGUACAGGUCAUUACUUUCCCGGAAGCGAGAGUCGAGUCAUAUCAUGCAGGAGGUGUCGACUUUAUUCAAAAAUGGUUUUUAUCUCUCCAGAUUUUUCCAGGGGGAUAUAUUCCCAGCCUGUGCGUUCUUAUGGAGGCUAUGAAGAAAGGAAGCUGUGGACGUCUUACAGUCGACUCUAUGGUCAAUAUCGGACCGCACUACGCGCGCACGCUGCGUGAGUGGAAGCGAAACUUUUUAGAUGCAUGGGAAGCCACGAUAUCCCCGGCGCUUGUCCGGAAGUACAAUCUGAGUGCCGCUGAGCAGGAAGUCUUCCGCAGGAAAUGGAUUUGUGAGUUAAAUUUCGAUAUAUACUGGGUGCCGUAGCACUGAUGAAAUACGUAGAUUAUUUCUCUUAUUGCGAAGCAGGGUUUUCUACCCGGAGCUUGGGGGAUCAUAUCGUCACGUUUACCCGCGAGAGAAACAUAUCUCUUCGU